GAUUCCUUCAAGAAGUACAAAACAGUACUUAAACCAGAAUUCGUCAGAUCUUGAAACAGUAGUGUUUGAUUAAUACAAGAACACGUAUCCAAAAUGUCUUGCUUUACUGUGGAAGAAAAAAUAGAAUUUGUGCAGUUGAGAGGUGUUACACCUGUUUUAUCAUAUCGAGAGAUACGCCAGAUUUUCUCCCUACGACACCCAAGUCGCCCAAAACCGCAUCCAAUGAUGAUAAAAAGAAUUUGUGAUCGUUUCCAAGUAACUGGAUCAAUAAGCGAAAAGAGAAUAGCGAGGCACAUUACACCAUCCGUAGCAAAUUUGGAUUCAGAAAUUUGCAUCGUGGCAGCGAUUCAAGAAAAACCAUAUAGUUCUCUCCGGGAAUUAGCGGAGAGCUGCGGAUUGUCGAAAACCACAAUUUAUAAAAUUUUGAAAAAGAAUAAUAUGAGGCCGUACAAACCAACAAAAAAUAUUCGUGUAGAUAAAUUUAUAUUACGACAUAUUGCAUCAAUAGCAGGGCAUAUGAAAAUUUUAAAUGCCAUGCAAUUAAAUAAAAACCAACAACCUAGUAAUGAUUUCAAUAAAAAUACAACAAUAGAAACUAAAAGGAAACGUAUUAACAUAGACAAGAAUAAUAAGGAAAAUAUAGAUUUUACUCAUUCUGAUAAUACGUGCGAGUCAGACUACAGUAAUAUUUUAAAUGAAAUUGAAAAUUGGAAAGGAAAAGUAAAGGAAUCAAUCAAACAACGAGGAAAAUAUUUAACUAUUUGUCCGGACAUUAAGGAUAUACAUGUGAAACCUAAAUUAAAUAGGAAUCUACUUAUUUUAAAAAAUGGUAUUUUACUAGGACCACAGUUAACUGUGUCAAAACAUGUAUCAAUGAAAAAUACGUGCGCAUUUUAUUCUUUUGCACAAGCACUCUUAGUAGCAUAUCGUGAUUGGUGCUUGUAUAAUACAUACAUAUAUCAACAAAUCGGAAAAGACUUUGUUCAUAUUUAUAAAAAAUUUAUCUGCACUUGGCAUUUGUAA